AUGGACGCUGCCGGUCAUAAGGGAUACCCAGUGGGUAAACCCGGGCGGUGUAGACCAAUGUUUUCAACGUUGGUUCAUUGUUUGAAGGACCGCCACAGACGGGAACAGACAGAAACCAACGGUCAACAGACAGAAACCAGCGAUCAACAGACAGAAACCAGCGAUCAAGAGACAGAAACCAGCGAUCAACAGACAGAAACCAGCGAUCAACAGACAGAAACCAGCGGUCAACAGACAGAAACCAGCGAUCAACAGACAGAAACCAGCGGUCACCAGACAGAAACCAGCGAUCAACAGACAGAAACCAGCGAUCAACAGACAGAAACCAGCGAUCAACAGACAGAAACCAGCGGUCAACAGACAGAAACCAGCGGUCAACAGACAGAAACCAGCGAUCAACAGACAGAAACCAGCGGUCAACAGACAGAAACCAGCGAUCAACAGACAGAAACCAGCGAUCAACAGACAGAAACCAGCGAUCAACAGACAGAAACCAGCGAUCAACAGACAGAAACCAGCGAUCAACAGACAGAAACCAGCGAUCAACAGACAGAAACCAGCGAUCAACAGACAGAAACCAGCGAUCAACAGACAGAAACCAGCGAUCAACAGACAGAAACCAGCGGUCAACAGACAGAAACCAGCUAUCAACAGACAGAAACCAGCGGUCAACAGACAGAAACCAGCGAUCAACAGACAGAAACCAGCGAUCAACAGACAGAAACCAGCGAUCAACAGACAGAAACCAGCGAUCAACAGACAGAAACCAGCGAUCAACAGACAGAAACCAGCGAUCAACAGACAGAAACCAGCGGUCAACAGACAGAAGCCAGAUAUCAACAGACAGAAACCAGCGAUCAACAGACAGAAGCCAACGGUCAACAGACAGAAACCAGCGGUCAACAGACAGAAGCCAACGGUCAACAGACAGAAACCAGCGAUCAACAGACAGAAGCCAACGAUCAACAGACAGAAACCAGCGAUCAACAGACAGAAACCAGCGAUCAACAGACAGAAACCAGCGAUCACAGACAGAACCAGCGAUCAACAGACAGAAACCAGCGGUCAACAGACAGAAACCAGCGAUCAACAGACAGAAGCCAACGAUCAACAGACAGUAACCAGCGAUCAACAGACAGAAGCCAACGAUCAACAGACAGUAACCAGCGAUCAACAGACAGAAACCAGCGAUCAACAGACAGAAACCAGCGAUCAACAGACAGAAACCAGCGAUCAACAGACAGAAACCAGCGAUCAACAGACAGAAACCAACAGUCAACAGACAAACAGAAGGAGCACAAGAAACAAAACACAGGGCCUGAAAACAUUACUUCAAACACUGUUUAUUUAGUGAGAUAA